CUGGGUCGCUCGUCACCAUAAACAGAUAUCAGCCUCAACGAUUAUUGCAUUUAACGGAACAGUAGAUUUUCAAGGGUGAAAAUGCUUAGAAGAUUAGUAGACACUAACUGACCUACCAUUACUGAAAACUGAGAGGAAAUAAAUUGGGCAUUGGAAGUGGCCUUUUCAAGUCGAUUGUUACGUCCGUAGAUUUAGUAGGUCAUUACUAAGAAUUGCACUAUCUGUCAUUGAUUAUUAAUUUGCCUUCUUCUACCAUUUGCUAGCAAUGAAUAGAGAAAAUGAAAGUAAAUGAUGGUCAAAUGUGAGAAACAGCUAUUUGCUUUAGAACAAUAAUGUUCAUUGUUGUGUACUCUGUUAAUUUAUUCACCACCAUAUCCAGAAGACUGACGCAUUACAAAUAAAAAAAGUGUUAGAUUAGUUUGGUAAUAUUAUGAACAUGUUGCGUAAAUCCUAUUUUGUCUUUGAAGGUUGUAGUUAAACAAGGAAAUCGGACGAUUUGCAUUUAAAAAGGUUAGCCAGGUAGAAAAAGAAGUAAAAAACAGUUAAAAGUACUACAUAAUUAGAUGAACCUCAUCGAAGUCUUGUCGUUAAGCUUUGUUGACGAAGUACAUGUAUACAGCAAGAGUCGGCGUAAACGUUUGAAAUGACAUGGUCUACAAAAUUUUAUGUAAAAAUAUUUUGCAUGGAAUGGAUAUCUUACAAUGAUAUUAUUUAUUAUUUAGGAAGCCAGCCAAUUAGUGAAAAUACACCGGAAUUAGUGAUUUGUACGUAAACGUACGAAGUAACUUAUGUCUGAAUUUUCUUUUAUUUCUGUCCCAUGCUUGUUUACUUUACUUCUUGCACUACAAGAUGACCUGGCUCUCAUGGUCAUUUGAUGAAUCGAUUUGAUAUCUUACUCGGACAACGAGUCACCUUGAAAUCUGGAAUACAUCACAUCUAACCAAUAAUGUUUGAUAUAAUUCUAACCUACUUCAAAUCAUUUUGCAAAAUCUGUGAUUGCCAAUACUCAGCUCGCUUUUUGUUCCAUCUAGAGUUAAAAUUAUUUCAAGUUAGUCUGUCAUUAUGUAAGCCGAAAUUAACUUUGCUGACUCACGAAGAUCAUUCUCAAUGAUCGGUGAUAUUCUUGUAUCCUUAAUCAUACUUAACAACUGUUGCAACCUACAUAUUGAUCACGGAAUUUUUGAUCUCCCAAUACAGCUUCCAAUGUACCUGGUUCUACAGGCGUCUGAGAUGGAAACUGUGAAGGCCGGGAAUCCACGUUUUAUAUACUUUCUCCUUGACUUUAAUGAAUGAGAUUUUAACGUAAGCCGUCAAAUUAUUUUUCUGAUUAGAUAAAUCUGCAAUGCCUGGCAUUGUUUUGUCAACAUUUUGUUUCAAGGCCUGAAACCUCCGAUCAUUAAAACGAUACAACCUGCUUGUGAUGACUAAACUUCAGUUUUCGAAAACCUGAUAUAUAUGAAUCUAUUAAAUGAAUAGAUUGCGAUUGUGAUAAGAUGCCCAAAGAUUAAGCCUAAUAUUCAUGUUUUAAUUGGUUGGGUAAUGAGUAACCUACACCUUAAAUAUUUGGCCGUGUUUAUUUUGUAUUCAUAUUCCGUAUCUAAGCGCAUCAUUUUAUCUCACGAAAAUCUAAUCUGGCUAAGGGUCUUUUAUUUUUAAUCAUUCGGAGGCCUUAGUCAUUAACAAGAUCUCAUGAGUAGCCACCACUAGGCCACAUCAUAUCAUUGUAUUCACCUAUCAAUCAAAAUUUCAUUCGUCAAUCUUAACAGUCUUAAAUUUCGUCCCAUUAAAUCACCAAACACUUGCGUAAUAGAUCUAUGUAAAACCCCUUCAAAAUGUUAAUUUAUGAGAAAUCUACAAAAGCACAUCGAACCUUCAACUCCUCGGAAGUGUACACAUCAACAUUGUGCUUCUUUUUGCUUCUCUGUCAAACGUCUUUGUUGUAUGCUAUCAUCAUUUUACCUUAUAAACUUUAUUGAAAGAUACGAUAGCACAACAUCUUUGGCAUUUUACCCGAGGAUAGUAUUAAAUCCAGCACUUGAACACACAGCUGACUGGAAGUUAUGUGAAAGGAUAUUUUAUCACAACUAACCACAACAGUUUAAAACCUUAGAUUUUUUCAAAAAGCAGUCAGCAUCGGGAUUAAUCCGACCCGUGAUUUCUCCUGACGUCACAUCCUCCUUGUAUAUAAAUAAUUCUUCGUUUAACAGUUAGUCGCUUGGGUAUUCGAGCACAUCUUUCCCGCCGAUGUCGUUGAUAAUAACAUGGAGUUUUGAUUGAUGCUGAAGGAAAAUGUAAUUGUGUUAUAAAACCUAAAACCAUUACAUAUGAUAACUGGAUAAAUUCGUUGAUAACUCUAACUUGUAAAAUGUGCUGCCAUGAUCUAAAAGUUUGAACCAAUAUGCAGACUUAUUAAACUUAGAACUAUUUCUAGCGGGAAACUUCUUGAUAAGUGAUAUCAUUGAAUGAGCAUAGACGUACGUUAGAAUGGGAUGAUAACCUCGUAGUAUUACGUUGGCAUUAAAAUAUACUUACAGUGUAUGUCCGUCGUAGAAAUCCACAUUUGUGGCUAACUGUUGAAUAUCUGAAGAUACGUAUACUUAUGGUGAUAGAAAACCAGGUUUCAAUGCGAUUCUGACGGAUGUUGUAAGUGAGUUACAAGCGAUGCUGAAAGUAGGCCUGAGUGUCUCAAAGUUUUAAAUGAAUCUUGGUGCUAAUUUGACGACUAUAGUUUGUAACACCCUCUUGUUCAAGUAUUAAGUAUGCCGUUGAACAUAAUUUAAUAGCAGGUUGUGAAUAGUGUUUAGUUUUAAACGAACUUUGCUCCAUCUACUUCUGUUUAGUAUCAUUAGCCUUUACUUAGAGUGUCUCAUAACCCCCAACUAUCUGGUGAGUGAGUUAACCUAAAAAGGUUGUUUUAGGCUCUCACCUCAGUACGCGCAUAACCUUUGGAAAUAGGAACUUACUAGUCAUCGGAAAUUUCAAGGAAAACUCCCAGACUAGUAGAAAUGGCGUGUCUUUUGUUGCAUUGCCCAAAUUUUCUAAUAUGACUCAUGCAAAGUUUCCAUAAAACUGGUCUAAUCUUUCUCAAAGUUGGGAUAGUGAGACUUUUUCUUCAAACGUCUACCUCUAGGGGAAGUGUCAAACAAUUUACAUCUCUGUGUACUUCGAGUAGUCUACUUUUCGCUUGAAGUUUGAUCUCAUUAUUUCCCUUUCUCUUAGAUUUAGGCCAAAUAGUUCAAUUUUCCUCUCCCUCAGAAACCAACUUUUCUUUGCAGUUAAAAUAAGUUAGAAGAAUGGUUUGUGUGAAAAUCCAUUUAUUUAAACAAAUUUUAAUAAGUUUACAAAAAUACUAAAAACGGUAAGGUAUUAGUGACAUUCCUAUUUUGCAACUGAAAAUUAUAGUUAUUCUCGAAUGCAAUCUAAAACAAAGUAACAAUUAGCAGUGUAGAGGUGGACUAUUUGACGUAAAUAGUGACUAGAAAUGUCUCAUAUUUUAAACGGAUCACCAACUCAUGCAUACUUUUACCAUUUAUUCCUCAUUUAUUUGGAUGCAGCACAUCCAACUGAAUAUGUAUAAAUAAUAGUUAAGAAACUUCAAAAACAUAAACGUAUAAAUCACAUAUUGUCAUUAAGGAGCAUAAUUUUCAUCAGUGGAAUUCUGAAGUGAAAUAAUAUCUGUUGGUUAUUGGAAGAGGAGGGGAUGUCUUUAAAAUCUGGACCACGAAGAUAUGACACCGUGUAUUGGGACUUACAGUAACCUUCAACAAAAUUGGUGCGUGUAUCUAGGAAACGGAAAUAAAAAAAAUCUAGGUUUAGAAUGAAUCAUAACCAGUUUAAAUUUGACUUUCCAAUAGAACAAGUUUUGGAAGAAUGGAAGACACUAGAUGAAAAUGAAGACAUACCGGCUGAAGAUCAAGAGAACGAUAACGAUGAAUCGAAUAUUGUUAGUCAAGAAUCCUUUUUUGCUCCUCACUACAAAGAUGGUAUUGAAUAUUUUUCCAUAAAAAACCCUGAAAAAGUAAAGCAAGAGUGGCUUGAAGCUAGAAAAUUAAUUAUACCACAUAUUCAGAACGUUGUAAAGCAUCUAGUUCGAGAAAAAUUUCAAAAAUGAUUGAAUAUAUGAGAAAUUAUUCUUUCCCUGCAUUUUAAUUUU